AUGAAAUCCGCCACCGCUUCCUCCUCCUUCUCCUUCCUCCGAUCCGUCUUCCCCGGAACCGUCACCGUGGAGCCGAUCGAAGACGCGGUGGUGGUGGUGGACGCAUCCGCCGCCGACCUUUCCUCGUACUGGGAGUUCAUCAACGCGUCCGAUGCCGAUUCCAGCGACACCGAGUCGCUUCUCAGCGAUGAGAACGGAUUCGUCUCCUUGCACGACUCGUCCGCGCCGCCCCCGUCUCUCCCUGCGCUGCUGAUCGCCGCCGCUGCUCCGGAAUCUAUUGAGAAAGACGACCAAGAAGAAGAAGGAGAAGCGGUGGGUUGUGGUUUGAUUGUUGCUGCUACCGGGGAUCUCGGUCGAGCUUUUGUGGAGAGACGGGUUUAUGAUCUGUACGGCGGGCGUUUGUACGGAGAGGAAGAGGUGGAGGAGGAGGAAGAAGAGGAGGAGGAGGAGGAGUACGACGAGCUGGCGGCGUGGAACUUGAGCGGGAAGCUGGCGGGGAAGCAGAGGAUGAGGAAAGUGGGGAAGAAGGGUUGCCAGAACAAGAUCAGCAACGCCAAGCGCAAUCCCUACAGCUACGUCAAGAGAGGGUGCGCUUAUGGGAAGCACAAAGCUUGA